AUGGACACCAUAGGAAUGCAUGGGCUGGAACUAAGUGGAUACUCGUUUCUUGAUCCCGCGCUGUUGUCUACUUUUGUGGAGCGAUGGCACGGGAAGACCAGUAGCUUCCAUAUGCUGAGCGGGGAGAUGACAGUCACGCUAGAUGACGUGCAAUGCCUUCUGAAUCCACCCAUUAAGGGACGUGUGCUAGAUCAUAAAGGUAUCCCGACCAAAACUGAGGGUGUUGACCUAAUGAUUAAGCAUAUGGGAUCAACUCGGGAGGAAGCUGAGCACGAGGUUAAAACAACCAAGGGUGCACAUGCAAGGUUCGUAUAUUUGAAGGAACUCCUAGAAAAACACACGACAGUAGUCAACAAAGUUGAGGUGGACGGUGACAAGGACACUUUUGAGAGAUUUGGAUUAGGUUCACACAUAUGCAUGGCAUGGGGCACUGCUGCCCUAACGUUCCUUUACCAGGAGUUGACAAACGGCAUUGUUCCGUCCUGCAAAUAUGUGGCAGGAUACAUGACGUUGUUACAGGUUUGGAUCUACGACUACUUUGUGGACACCGGAGGGUCUUUGGAUACGCAAUACGAACAACAAUACCCCCAAGCUACCAAAUAUGAUCCGACAAAGGGGCAGUCAAUCCAUAUGUCAAUGGAGAAAAUGAUGGAUCGGUUGCUUCCAUAUGACAUCACAUGGACUCCUUACAAGGACCACCGAGAUGUUUGCCCCUUUGAGGAUAUAGCUUUGUACUCCGGUUGGAUCAGGUGUGGGCCGAUCAAAGUAAGGUAUCUACCAGAGCUGGUGUUACAGCAGUUUGGCUACGUGCAGACCAUUCCCCGUCAUCCAGAUUCUGCUGCGAAUAUAUUGGACACGCCUAUGCCUGUUGAGUCUGAUGUUGCUAUGCUUGGUAGAUUGGCUAGCAUCCGAGACAUACUCGACGGUGUUAUGCAUAGCGAUGAAGUUCCAAACAGCUCUCGUGUUUACGCCGAACUCCAGUCUGCAUACACUUUGACAUUUGUACCAAAUCAGGGUGGACCCGGUUCUAGUAGUCAACAUUAG